AUUUUUACAGAACCCAGAGAUAGGCGAGGAAGUUAAAUUUAGAACAUUUUUAUUUUUUGUCAAUGCACCUUCGGAUAAUAAUUUUAUGUACGGAUAAUGAAAAUGAUAGAAAGUUAAGAUAAAAAAAACUCAAAUACUGAGCUGCGUACAAAAAUGGAAGUAUCUGGUCGUAGGACACAUGGUGCGUCAGGAGGGCAACCAUCUACCAAAGAUGGGGAACUAUUCUGUCAGCCUUGUAGCAGUGAUGGUGAUUAUGUGGUUGCCAUGGGAUACUGUAAGAACUGUAAUGAAUACUUCUGUUCUGCAUGCCUAAGAGUUCACCGAAAACAAUCCAUGAGCCGAAAUCAUGUUAUCUUAGAAGGCAAAAGUAUGCCGAAAUCUCUGGUACCGGAAGUAGACGUAGAACCUUGCUCCGAGUUAUGUGCAACGCAUACCAAUGAAAUAGUUAAAUUCUACUGUUCCUCUCAUGAUAAAAUAGGAUGCGGUGAUUGUAUGGUCUUAGAACAUAAAGCUUGUAAAGUAGAACGAAUCCAAGACAUCUCAUGUAGCUAUUUUAACGGCCCAGAACACACAAUGCAAGUUAAAACAGUGGGACAAUUCCUUCAAAGUCUGGAAGAUUUAGGGACUUGCAUACAAUUCGCAGGGGAAGAUAUGAACGCAACAUAUUCCAGGGCUAUAGCUGACAUAAAAACAUUUAGGAAAGAAGUGAAUAUUUAUCUAGAUAAAGCUGAAGCCGAGAUUAUGGCUGAAGUGAACAACUGGAAAAAGAAAACUGGAAAGACAUUUUCAGAACUGAACAAUGAUAAAUUAUCAAUACAAAAUGAAAUCAAAGAAUUAGAAGAAAAACUAAAGCUCCAAUCCAAAAAGGCAAACGAACUUUUUAUGGCAGCCAAACAAAUGAAAGAGAGGAUGAUCACAAUCGAUACCAGCAUUAAGCAAAUGUUCCAAAAAGGCCAGACACAAUCAUUUAUGUUUGAACCGUCUUCUGAAAUAAAACAAAUUAUUUCUUCUAAGGUUCCGCUUGGGAAGCUGGCAGAAGAAGUCAUAAAGAGAAACACCCAAAAUAAACUUACGUUAGAUGAUAUGGAGCCGCAGUUUGAUGGAGAAAUCAAUAUCAAGACACCGGAAGAUAAAUCAGACUGCGCCAUUAUAGCAUCUGCUCUUAUUUCACCAAGUCAAAUAAUACUUGCAGACAGUAAAAACAAUUGUUUGAAAAUGGUUGAUAUUGAACAGAGGAAACUAUCCACAAGGCAUGAAUUGUGUAGUACACCGUUUAACGUGGCAGUUGUCUCCAGGAACCUUAUUGCAGUAACACUUCCAAAAAAGAAGAAAAUACUGUUUCUGUCUAUCACACAGAAAAACACACUCACUGAAAGUCAUGAUAUAAAUGUGAAUGGCGAAAUUCGAAAAAUCGCUUGUAAAAAUGAUACACUAAUCAUUGGGUAUACUAACAAAAUUGAAAUUCUGAAAAUGAAUGGUGAUGUUGUGAAAACAAUAUCUUCAACAGACUUAUCGUGCAUAGAUGGUAUAGCAUUUUCUCAUGAUUCUAUGGCAUUUUAUGUCACUAAUCUCUACAGUUCAACAAAACUAUAUAAAUUUGACUUUGAUGGCAACAUACUAGCAUCAUACAAUGACGACACAAUGCAAUCUGUUAGAGGUCUCACAGUGACACCAGAUGGUACAGUGCUUGUAUGCAACUGGACUGAAAAUGGAAGCAUUGACAUGAUUUCACCAGCAUGCAAGAAAAUCAAGGAAAUUCUACAGCAGAAUGAACAUGUUCAAUACCCAUAUUCUGUUUCAUUUUGCUGUCAAACAAACAAACUCUUUUUGAGUAACUCUGCAAGAAGCAUUGACCCUAAACUGAAAAAUGUGUUGAAAAUUUUUCAGAUGAUGUGAAUGUGCAACUGAUAAAAAAGGGUCCUCAUUAUAUUUGAUGACAACCUCUCUGCUGUAUUCCACAAUUAAGAUAACAGUCAAAUCUGUGCUAAAAUCACGUUUGAACUGAGACCACCUGUCUCUAAAGACAAUAUGUUUCAUUUCCUAUUUAAACACAUG